UGAUCCUGCCAUGCCUGUCUUGCCUGCCCGUUUGUUUUGUUCCUGCCUCCUGCUGAGUAUAGAAGAGCAGCACAGUCAUCGCUGAUGACAUAUUCAGGAUCUCAGAAUUUGCAAGCCAAAAUAUUCCAUACUGGUCACAGUGCAAAGUCUGUUAACAUUUUCAUUGGCAAAAAGGCUCAGGUGCUCCUGGUUGCUGUAGCUCCCAACUGCUCGACUCUGAUCAGCGAAAAUUAAAUGUAGCUGAGAACGGAUCAUUUAACCGGACUGAGACUGAAUGCCAUGAAAACAACAUGUCUCGGCAAAGCUGGAUGAUUCAACUGGUGGGCUUUAUGUGGAUUUUUCAUGUUUCAUUAGGAAACCGUAAUGUGGGAAAAAAUCAUAUGCAUCCCAACUCUCAACAGAAUACAAAACUCUCAGAAUGUUUUAACUCAGGAGGCAGAUGUUACGUUGUUGCUGAUAACUUCUAUGGCAUCAUCAGCGCAUCCAUGAAUUUCACUGCAAAACUGGAAGUGGCCAAUAGCUGCAUAAUAUUCCUACAGAAAAACGAAACACGACAAAAACCAUUGUGGAAAAGGUGGCCACAAGUGAAAAAUCUCUUCCUUUACAUAUCGAAAGACCUGACGAAGAAAGACAUGUUCAUAAUUGCUCUGAAUGGACAGAACUGCCUCAAUUCAACAGAAUCCUGCGUGCAUGGAAAUAUUAGUACAAAAACUGUGUGUGAAGCAGGGACUAAGUAUAAUGAAAGCUCCUGCAAGGACAAAGACUACAACGACAAGUACAUAAUAAAUAUAAAAUCAAACGCGUGUGUCAACUGCGACAAUCCUGUGAAAAAGCCCGAUGAGACGAUUAAAAUAAAUAAGACUUUUGAUGAUAAUGGAGAAGUCGAUGCAUCCAAAGCUGCUGAACUUAUGUCUGGAAUCGAAAAGUUAAUUUCCCAAAUGAAUGGAACUUCGGCUGAACUGUCAAUAGGGAAAGGUAUCGAGGGAGUCUUAGUGAGAAAACCUGAUCCUGCAGAGCUGAAUGAGGUAUCCUUUGCUUACAUGGAUCCAAAUGACAAACUGAAAAUUGUAGAAGACCCAGAAACUCUUAAAACAUUUUCUAGAUCUGUCUCUAUUUCUAAGGAAGCCUUUGAAAAGGCUGUCAGUUUAAACAUCAGUGUACCUUUUGCAGCUGUCCUCCGGUUUAUGAAUAUGAGCCAGGAUGAGAAUAACAGUACUGUGCUUAAUAAUGAGGUCGUUGCAAUUGAGAUGGGAGCUGAGAUCAAGAAUCUCUCCGACACAAUAAGCAUCAAUUUCAAGAAUUUUAACUUUGAUAGGUUUCAUCCAAACUGUACCUCGUGGAAUGGUGAAGGAAGUAAACCCAACUGGACUUUCAAAGGGUGUGAAACCAUACUCAUUGGAAAUAACAUCAAAUGCAAGUGUUCACAUCUGACGUUCUUCGCUGUCUUGCUGACUCCCAUUAAUGAAACCAUCUCCAGUUAUGACCUGAACACCCUCACCAUCAUUACACAGGUUGGGUGUGGAUUGUCCAUUUUCUUCCUUGGCAUAGUUCUCUUCAUGUACUUCCUUAUAAGGAAGACCCCAGCCAGUACUGCCACACAAAUCCUCAUCCACCUGAUUUGUGCCUUGUUCCUGCUAAAUUUGACCUUCCUCGUCAAUCACUUUGUGGCAAAUCUGCACAGCCGUGUCGGUUGUCAGGUAAUGGCAGCGUUGAUGCACUACUCUAUGUUGGCCACUUUCAGCUGGUUUGCUGCACAGGGCUUCCACCUCUGUCUGCAGCUGUACAAAGGAGGACAUGUUACAAUAAGGCGCUACGUACUCAAACUUUCUGUUAUCUCCUGGACUCUGCCGAUCAUUAUGGUGAUUACUGUUGGCAGCUUGAGCAAAUAUGGUGAACAGACCAUCUACGCUGAUAAUCCUCAAAACAACGUGGCAAUGUGCUGGAUAACCGACAAUAACAUCCACUACAUCGUCAACAUUGGCUAUUAUUCGCUGGUCUUCCUCUUCACCUUCACCACAGUCAUCAUCACUCUGUCCUGGCUCUUUUGCCUCAAGAGAACCAAAGCAGCCAACCCACAAGGAAACAGAAGCGGCAUAAGCAUAGUUAUCGUAAUGGGUCUUUGUUUCCAGCUGGGUGUCACGUGGGGGUUUGCCUUCUUCGCCUACGGUUCCUUUCGGAUUCCAGCUACUUACAUUUUCACAAUCCUCAACUCCUUUCAAGACCAUCCAGAACUCAUUUGCAUCAGACUCAACCUCCCAGGCCUUCGUCCUCCCUCCUCACAGUCUAACUGCUAUAGGAGGUUUCUUCCUGUUCAUCUAUUACUACAAGACAACCCGAGUUGAUCCAAACAGUGCCAAUGCGAAGGGUAAGGGCAACUCAGAGAGCAUCAGCACUCUUAAAACCGGACUGGAGAGCGUUGUGAACCCAUAUCAGUCUUUUGAAAAAGACAAGGGAAUGUGAUUUGCAGUGGGGAUGAGAAAUGUAGUGUGUCCAUGUAAAAUACUGUAUCUUUGUGCUGUUUAUCUCCUGAUACUGAUAUUUACAAUAUUUGAUAUACGCUAGUGUUAAGAAACAUUGUGCUUUGUUAAAUAGAUGUUUUUUAAUGAUUUCAUCCAGUUAAAGCCAGGAACCUGCUGUGUAUUUGUGUGCUUUAGUGUCUGAAACAAAAAGUAUUAAAAACAAAAAACAAAAUCUCAUUCCACCCAACAAUAGAGAACUAUUUCUUUUGAAUGGGAUAAAGCUUACUCCAUUUCAGCAGCAUCCUGCAAAGAGUUGUCAUUUCGUAACGUCACCCGCUUUUGGGGAGUCCUCCAUUUCCUAUAAAUGCAAUGAAACAGUUGCAGAAAAGAUUGAUGGUGUUUUAUCCUUAUAUUACAUUGUUUUCAUUCUAAACAAUGUGACGUAGCUUAUCUACAUUAUUAUUAAGCUGUGUAUUAGUAGAAGUGCAUGUUUCUACAUAUACUGGAGGUUGUAGUAGCUUUGCUGUUCAGUUUGUGACCAUUUUAUUGUUUGUGCAUCAUCAAGUGAAUGGGAAAUAAAAAAAAACAUAACCUCUAUAACUGCCA